AUGGCUCUGGACCAGCCUUCCAACCCCAACGCCGUUGACGGGGCGGGUAACGGUGCUACGCCGUGCUCCGCCGCCGAAGGAGCCGAUGACGGGAGGCCGGCGGCGAGGCUGCCGCGCUGGACGCGGCAGGAGAUUCUGGUGCUGAUUCAGGGGAAGAGCGACGCGGAGAACCGGUUCAGACCGGGUCGGGGGAGCGGUUCGGCGUUUGGUUCGAGCGAACCAAAAUGGGCGCUGGUCUCGGCGUACUGCAAGAAGCACGGCGUGAACCGGGAGCCGGUGCAGUGCCGGAAACGGUGGAGCAACCUCGCCGGCGAUUACAAGAAGAUCAAGGAGUGGGAGUCGCAGGUCAGAGACGAAACAGAGUCGUUUUGGCUCAUGAGGAACGAUUUGAGGAGGGAGAGGAAAUUGCCCGGUUAUUUUGAUAGGGAAGUGUAUAAUAUUCUCGAUUCGCCGUCCACGGCGGCUGCUGCGACGGCGGAGACUCCGACGGCGGCGGUGGAGGCGCCUGGGGAGGAGGAAGUGCACCUGUAUGAUAGUAAUCGGAGAGUUGGGAGUGAUGAUGGGUUGUUCUCUGAUUGUGAGAAGGAGGAGGUUUUGCUUUUAGCCCCUGGCAAGGAUGUUCCUGCACCUGUUCCUAUAUCAGAGAAGCAAUUUCAACCGCUCCUUCAACUCUGUGAAGGGGAAGGCAAUGCUCAAGGUACUACCAAUGAGAAACGGGCAACCCCGAAUCCAGAAAUGGGUUCUACAUCACAAGGGGGACGGAAGAGGAAGAGAUUUGCAACCGAAGCAGAGGAGGAAACAUUGCAAAGUCAAUUAAUUGACGUCUUAGAAAAGAAUGGCAAAAUGCUUCGUGAUCAUCUUGAAGCUCAGAACACCAAUUUCCAGUUGGACCGGCAGCAGCAGAGAGACACUGCAACUAACAUAGUUGCUGUACUUGAUAAGCUUGCAGAUGCUCUAGGGAGAAUUGCUGAUAAAUUUGCAUGCGAGGAGUUCUAUUGGGAGGAGGAGAGAGAGUGGGGCCGACCCACGGUCAAGGAAAUGGAGGGAACUGGGCUUUGGCCCACAAACCAUUCCCUCUUUACACUUGUCUCUCAGCUAGGGUUUUCAGUUCGCCACCAAAUCCAACUCAACUCCACGCCCCUGCAAAUGGUCCUCUUCGUCUUCGAUACUCCGAUUCCGAGAUCGAGCAUUCGUGCCGCGAUAAUGCAAAACCAUACCUACUCUUAG